AUGGCCUUUCACCUCUUCGGCCGUCUCCCGCCCGAGAUCCGUGCCAUGGUCUGGGAGCAGGCCCUGCCCGACGCCCGCGUGUACGAGGUCCUGGACGUGCCGGGCGCCCGCCAGACUAUGGCAGCGGCAGCCGGGCUCAUGUUUGCGCAGGCCCACGACACGCCACCGCCGGCACUGGCGGCCGUCUGCAUCGAGGCCCGCCGCCUGGUACUGGCACGCUACCGUCCGCUGCGGCUGGGCACCACGACCAAACACGUCGACCUGACGCGCGACCUGCUGCUGCUGGAGCCGUACCUGCUGCGGCGCCGGCUGCUGCGCACGCUGCGCUUUCUGGGGCGCAUCCCGCUGGUGCGCGACAGCCUGGUGACGCUGGCCCUGGGGACGAGCUACGGCGCGCACACCGGGGAGGUCUGUCACCCGGUUCUGGGCCGACUGGCGCCAGCCUGCACAGCUCGUCUGCUGGCGGCGCUGGGCCGGUUUGUCCGGCUGCGGACGCUCUUGUUUGUGGUGCACCAAGAGUUUCAGUUUGAGACGCCGACGAGCUCGACGAGCGUGAGCGAAGGAGGGGAAGAGGAAGACGGAGAGGGAGGGAGACACGCAAAGAUGGCAGCCCACCCCCAGAUCAUCCACCAGGCCUACCGCUUCCAGUUCGACAUCGAGGCCAGCAUCAACCGCCAGCCCCGACGCCGUCCCCACCUGAACGAGCUGCUCUACUACCCGCUCGAGCACGGCAGUACGACCGCCAGCGCCGACACUCCCGACAGCGACGACGACUGGGACAUGCUCUUGCGCGGGGCCGCCGCCACGAUCGCGGCUGGCGGCAGCCUCAGCGACGACGCGGCCGACUGCGACCCGUGGCCGACCAACGACGAGUGGCGCCGGUUCAAGCGGCGCUUCCAGCGGUCUGUCGUGGCGGCCGUGGUGGGCGGUGGUGGUGGCAGCGACGACCAAAAACAACGGCAUCGCUGCGGCAGCGGCGACAGCAGCAGCAGUAGCAGCUGUGGUGACAGCAGCAGCUGUGGCGGCUAUGGCUAUAGUGGCUACAGCGGUCACAACAACUAUCAUCACUAUACUCCCUAUGCUGGCCCGCAGGACUAUCUCGACAGCGGCCGGCUGCACGGCGGUCGGGCAGGCAGCGUGGCCGGCGGCAGGCGCGGUGACCGGCGGCUGCAGCGGCAGUGCGUGCGGCGACACAACCUGCCGGCGAUCAAGGGGGCCAGCUUGCUGUGGCGAUAUCUGCGAGAAUGA